AUUUCUGCGCUUUCCCUCUCCCACAAAUUUAACUUCGGUGUUUGACCUAAGUUGCGCGGAAGUAUACACGGCCCUUGUAAUGCAAAAUGGUAAGACUACGAGAAGCACAUGCCUGAUCAAACAGUAUUGAUGUGAAUGAUGUGCUCUUCUAUUUUGUCGAGGCCACAAGGUCUAAUGCCAUGCACCAUCGGUAGAGAGUGCGUUCGAAAACAGCAAACACAGUGGAUGUUGUUGCGACGAGCACAAGAACUUCGUGGCCCGUUUGGGUUUUCAGCCGAUACGUCUGCUCGCCAACCGAAAAGAGUUCGAACUUUAGUUUUUUGCGUCAAAUUUGUACGACGUAUUUAUUUAUCUCGGAACAGAGUUCGAAGGGUUUCGCGUUACAGUCUUCGGGAAUGAAACAAUGAUGGUUUCUUUUGUAUCAUUAAUUCAGUUUGUCUUUGAAUUUGUCUGGCUUUAAACGUCGACAAGAGGAGGUAUCGAAACCGGAACUUAAAAUAUUUCACCAGCCUUCGAACGCAUUUGCAAUGGCUCUCUGACGUCCUUGCUAAUGUCGAAAUUCGAGCAGCAAAGCAAUUUAGUGUUGAAUCGUGCCAAAACCACGAUGAAAACUUUCACGCGAAAUAUCAUCUUCUCACCUCUCCAUCGCUUCAUCCCCUCCACUUCGUGGCAUAUGUACGUUCUUGAAUGUACCACAAACAACUACGAUGUCGUCGACGACUACAACUGCAACUACAACAACGAAAAUCGAAGGUACUAAAUAUGUGCCACCGCAUCUGAGAAACUCUCAGAGCAGUGGUGGCGGAAACGAACCCCGCGAUAACAAUCGAGGCGGAGGUUACAACAACGACCGACGUGGAGGAUCAUAUGGCAACGAUCGCAGAGGAAGUUACGGAGAUGAUCGACGUGGAAGCUACGGUGGAGGCCGCGGAGGUGGCGAGCCUCGUCGCAACUCACGUUGGAGCGACGUAGGAGACUCAGGAGGAGAUCGCAGAGGAAGCUACGGCGGAAGAAGUGGCGGUGGCUAUGGACGUGGGUCAAAUGCUCGCAAAAACGAACGUGGAUUCCACGGCGACAUGCAGCCCGACCCACGUUUGGAACGCACCCUCUACACUUCCGACCACCAAACGACCGGUAUCAACUUUGACAACUACGACAAAAUUCCCGUCGAAGUUUCCGGAGAGAACGCACCCGAACCCAUCGAUAUUUACUCAGAGGAAACCAUUGGUGCCGAUCUCUUCCGCUGUACCCAGCUCUGUGGAUACACCAGGCCCACUCCAGUACAAAAGUACUCCUGUCCUAUCGGUAGUGCCGGUCGUGAUUUGAUGGCUUGCGCUCAAACUGGUAGUGGUAAAACAGCUGGAUUCCUUUUUCCCAUCAUCAUGUCGAUGUGUGCCAAGGGUGGAAGCGAAUCUCCUGCCGGAGGCCGACGUCAGGUCUACCCGGAAGCCUUGGUCAUGGCUCCAACCCGUGAACUCGCCCAGCAAAUCUUCGACGAAGCACGCCGUUUCACUUACUGCACCGGCAUCGCAACUGUGUGCAUCUAUGGUGGUGCCGAAGUCCGUGACCAGCUCCGUCAAAUCGAACGUGGAUGCGAUUUGUUGGUAGCAACCCCUGGACGAUUGGUGGAUUUGAUCGAACGUGGCCGAUUGGGCAUGGAAAAUAUCAAGUUCUUGGUUUUGGACGAAGCUGAUCGUAUGCUUGACAUGGGUUUUGGUAAGUACCGACAUAAGAUCUGAACGGACAAUUUCUGUUUGGAAACAUGUACGACUCCUUCGUAUCAAUUUGAUUUUCUAACUCUUCGUAAUUUCUCUAGAACCUCAAAUUCGUCGCAUCGUUGAAGAAUCUGGUAUGCCCCAAGGUGAUGACCGCCAAACGAUGAUGUUUAGUGCGACCUUCCCCGCACAAAUUCAACGUUUGGCUAGUGAUUUCCUUCGUGAUUACAUCUUCUUGACCGUUGGUCGUGUCGGUUCUGCCUCCAAGGAUGUAACCCAAAAGAUCGAGUACGUCGAAGAACGUGACAAGUUGGAUUCSUUGAUGAAAUUUCUCUUGACUAUCGAAGAUGGUUUGAUUUUGAUCUUCACUGAAACAAAGCGUAAUUGCGAUUAUCUCGAGGAUGUUUUGUGCGAAAAUGGAUUCCCAGCCUGUUCCAUUCACGGAGACAAGUCCCAGCGUGAACGUGAAGACUCCCUACGAAGCUUCAAGCGGGGAAACACUCCAGUCAUGGCUGCCACCGACGUUGCGAGUCGUGGUUUGGAUAUUCCGAACGUCACCCAAGUAGUUAAUUACGAUUUGCCAACCAAUAUUGAUGACUAUGUGCACAGAAUUGGUCGUACAGGACGUGCUGGAAAUACUGGUAACGCUCUCUCUUUCGUGAACGAAAAGAACUCUGGAAUCAUUCGCGAACUUCGUGACAUGCUCGACGAGAAUGAGCAAGAAGUACCUCAAUGGUUGAACCAGAUGGCUUCGUACAGUGGCCGUGGUGGAGGUGGCCGUCGAAGUGGCGGUGGCCGAAACAACUUCGGAGGACGUGAUUACCGUAAGAGCCACAACGAUGGUGGAAGUCGUGGCGGGAAUCGCAACAGCGGCUACGGUGGUGGCGGCGGCUACGGCGGCGGCGGUGGUUACGGUGGUGGCUACGGAGGCGGCGGCUACGGAGGCGGUGGUGGGAACUUCGGAGGAGCCUGGUAAACAGUUUCUUGAUAUCUUAUCAUGGUGUUAAGUCACUUGCACUCUUUGGCGAGAUCAAUACUUUUUUCGAAUAACCAAAGAACUACUGUGACUCCUCAACCAGUGUACCCGAAGAUCAACUUUCAAUUGAAAACUCGGGUUGUGUUGAGAUGGAAAAAAUGAAGACGGGAAACAUAGCGCAAAAAUAAAAUAUAGGAAUACGAUCCAU